CUACCACAAUAACCACUAUCCCACCAAUUGAACAACCCGGCUAAACGGUAACAAGCCUAGGCCUAUUUGGACUCCUUUGAUCCAACAAAAAAAAGUGCAAGAAACUUCACGUCAUUUCUCCUCUCUGGGCCAGCCUGAAGCUACGAGCGCAGGGGAGAGAUUUGGGAGAAAGUGCGGCAGAGUUUCACGGAGAAUGUCGCUAACCUGUGGGUAGAGAAAAGAAGAAGAAGAAGGAGAAGAAGAAGAACGAGAAGAAGAAAGGGGCGGAUAGCUUGUUUCGGCGCUCAACAGGUUGUGAGUGUGUUUGAUGUCGACAUCUGCAUGAAAUCCUGUCCGCUGCUGGGGAACAGACGCAGGGAAAGGAGAGGGAACCGUAGCAGAAAGCUCGCCGUGUCGACUGAGAUAAGCUACCUCCAUAAAACACAGCGACGAGAGGAUGUUGUCUUGGCUGCAUGAGGCGAUAUGGGCAGACUGGAUCUGGUUUCCUGAGGGCCUGGGCUGGGCUGACCUGAAGGACCACGAUGGCAAGGUCUUCCCCAAAACAAGUGACCUCUGGGCCACCAUCCCCAUCGCUCUCUGCUUCCUGGUCAUCAGACAGAUAUUCGAGAGGACGGUGGCCAUUCCUCUGGCCUCUCUACUGGGCGUGCGUGACAAACAGCGUGUCCGAGUCGCGCCAAAUCCCAUACUGGAGUCCUAUUUCUGUAGCACAUCAAAGCAUCCCACACAGAGCUCCGUGGAGAGUUUAAGUAAACAGGCGGGCUGCUCAGUGCGACAGGUCCAGCGCUGGUUCCGCCGGCGGAGGAACCAGGACCGGCCCAGCAAGCUCAAGAAGUUUCGGGAAGCCAGUUGGAGAUUUACCUUUUACCUUCUUGCUUUCUUUGCUGGCCUGGCAGUCCUUAUUGACAAACCGUGGUUCUAUGACACGAGGCUGAUCUGGGAAGGAUUUCCCAAAAUGCCGCUGCUGCCCUCUCAGUACUGGUAUUACAUGAUCGAACUGGGCUUCUAUAUCUCACUGGUUUUCAGCGUGGCGUCGGAUGUCAAACGCAAGGAUUUCAAAGAGCAGAUAGUUCACCAUUUAGCCACCAUUCUCCUGAUCAGCUUCUCCUGGCUGGUCAACUACAUCCGGGCAGGGACUUUGAUCAUGCUCGUGCACGAUGCCGCCGACUACCUAAUGGAGUCAGCCAAGAUGUUCAACUAUGCAGGUUGGAGGAGAACCUGCAACUUCAUCUUCACUGUGUUUGCUGCAGUUUUCAUCAUCACCCGACUCAUAAUCCUCCCCUUCUGGAUCAUAGAGAAGACGUUGGUGUACCCCUUGUCCCUCUACCCCCCCUUCUUAGGCUUCUACUUCUUCAACGGGCUGGUCUUACUGCUGCAGUGCCUGCACAUCUUCUGGGCCGGCCUCAUCGUGCGCAUGGUCAUCAAGUUCCUGCCAGGAAACGACAUCGUUGAGGACGAGAGGAGCGAUAAGGAGGAGACCGAAUCGGAAGAUGAAGACGACCACGAGCGGAGGGAAAAAUCUCAAAACGGCCACGUGCAGAACGGCCACGCUGCCCUCAACAACAACCACAGCAAAAUGGACUGAAGCCGCAGCGCGAGCGGCGGAGAAGGCACGUGUCGGGAGCGAAGAGAGAGGCCCUCGCGUGUGGCUUUUAAUUUGAAGGCCAAAGAUUGGGAACGUGGCAUUGUUGAAAGGGGUGGCAGCCAACAGACACACACACAUACACACAUACACACAUUGCUUGAUAGUAACACACUCAAAAGUAAAUGCUCAUUUUUCCAAGCCCCUUCGUCCAGCGGGGGUGAUCACACUUCUCUAGGGUUACACUAAAUAAUUUUAGGAGAGGAGGAGCAUAAGCAGCUGCGAUGGAGGCGAGCAUAGACUUCAACUUGGCGCAUUGUACUAUAACCUGUCUAGUGCCUUAGCAGCAGAGUGGCAGUCUUCUUGCACGCAGCCUAUUCUCUCUCCUCCCCGGUGUUUCUCACCAUCCUCGUGCUGUUGACCAAGUUGUGACAAAAAACAAAACAAAACAAAACAAAGCAAAAAAAAAAAAAAAAAAACACGCCUGCCUGCUCCUAGCUUUCUGCUCCCUCGUUGAAAGUGUUUAAAGGAGCGGGCGCUCUCCUCCUGGCUGACGCUCUUCUAUGUAUUGCUUCGUCUUUUUAACUUGACUGAUGCACUGCCUUUCUCAGUCCACUGCCCGCCCUCCAGAGUAAAUGACAAAGCGCAAAGUGCUUAAUCGUUUUCGCUCAGCUGAGCCGCACGGAGGUCGGCGACAUUGUGAGGAGCACUAACACGGCUGUGAAUGAUGAGGUGCUGUCUCUUGGUGGACCAUAACCUGGUGUAGGUCAGUGGAAGUGAUGCAUUUACCCCCCCACCCUCCACCUCACCCCACCUUACAACCACCACCACCCGUCCACAGUUAUUAUUAUAUCAGUUUAUGAAUCCUGUUCAAACAUUCACAUACACUUAGUUCUUGCAGUUGCCAUUUUGUUCUGACGGUUUCACUUUGAUCCCGGCCCGUGGUUUUCUGGCCCACGAUUUCCAGUGUUGCUAAAAAUAUAUGUGUUCCAGUAAUGUUUCAAAAAAAAAAUUAUGAUAAAUAAUAUUGUUUUAACUGAAAAAAAAAGUGAGAAAGACAGGGUGCUACAUUUGCAGCAUGUGUUGAAAUGUGCCUUUUUUUGUGGAUUGUUUCUCUUAAAUACGAUGCCUUUUUGGGAAGCAGAAAGCACACCGCCGGAGAUCAUUUUAAAUGUUUGUUUUUGUUUAUGCUUCAUGUGUUUUUAGUUGUAUGAUUUUUUUUUUUGUUUGUUUUAUUUUCCAUUUGUGUUUUAUUUGCUUUCAAUUUAUCAUUUAGACAGAUUUAGGAGCAAAUUGUACAGCUUAAACCCAAACUAAUCAAGACCUCUUUAUUCAAAUGGACUGGAGAAGUUGAUAGUGAUUCAGUGUUGUUUUGCCCAUCCAUCCAAAGAUGCACUUUAUUGUUUCUUAUGUGGAUCACCAUUGAGUCAAUAUCCAGUAUCCGAAUUUAAUAAUAGUGUUUUUGAUUCAAGUCCAAACCUGAUUUCUAUUUCUGUUGAUAGUGGUUUGGAUUAUGAUUUGUGUUUACACUUUUAUUUCAUAUUUAUUCUGUCCUUUAUAGAAAAACCCAAAUUCUCUCUUUGUUUGCCAUUUUUUUGGUUAGUUUUGUCGAAAAACAAUAAUUAGAUGUCAAGUAAAGAGUAAAAUGGGACACCAAAGUACGUUUUACAUUUUGUAUUAGCUUGUCGUUUGCAAGUGCCUUCAGCCUCAUUUCAGGCAUUUAUAUGUGUAAUUUCUUUCUCCACAAGCUGAUUAUUAUUUUUUUUUUUUCUUGCUGUCUUGUGCCCCAACAUGUCAGACACUCGAUGCACUGUAAUGCUAUGGGCCACUAAUUACCUCCUAUGUUCUGAUGCCUCAGCACUCAAAAGACCAAUCACCUGCAGCGUGUCACCUGCCGCUCCCUCUGAAGAGCUCUGCUUCUGCAACAGUGUUUUUAUUUUGUAUUUUGUCGCUUUGCUGACAUAUAAGAUAAAGGACAUUGUGGAUAACAA